AUGGCAAUGCAACAACAUGAAAACGAAGAAAAGAUUAACGUGCGUGAUCGACUGGUGGAUAACGUGCUGGAUCUAAGCUUGAUGAACAUUUCCAAAGUACCGGUGCAAGAAAUCAAACCACUCCGACGUGCUACUGUUUUGGAUCUAUCCAGCAAUCGCAUCUCUAUCAUCGAGAGUAAUUUUACCGACCUCACACAACUGACUCAGAUAGAUCUGUCGAAGAAUCGCAUUACGUCGAUCUGUGAUGAUUUCGGUCUGCUGACCAACUUACGGCGUUUAGAUUUGUACAAGAACCAAAUUACAAAGCUACCGCUUACGCUCGGUCGCCUGCGGAAUCUCAAGUAUCUCGAUCUGAAGGAAAAUCCACUAAACCCCGUCUUUAAAAAGUUCAUCGGAUCAUGCAGCGACACCAACGAUUGCCUAGCGGCAGCGACGCGUGCCGUGGAAUUUAUGAAGCUGAUCGAACGUCGUGUCGUGGAAGAUCGUGCCAAGGAGCGAAAACUGCGCGGAACGAAGCAGCACUUGCAGGAGGAGCAGUUGAAAGAGGACAUGAAAAUUACUACCGAAGAGGAGAAGCCGACCGACGAACAAAAGUCUGAAAAAUCCAAACGUAGACGUCGGCAAAUUCCCCAUGGUGACGCCAGCAGCGGUGAUGAUCCGAAAUCUAAGCCUAAAUCAGGAAAGAAAGCUAAUCGAGCGGAUGAUGGCGAAACCAUGACGUCAGGUUUUCGACAUUCAUUCCUAUUUUGGCUGGGUAUGUUGGUGGUACUGGCGGUUUCGUUUUUGCUGUGCGCGAAAUAUUACGAUAUGCUGCCCCGGCACGCUCCUGAAACCAUUCUCGAAGAGUAUAUUAAGUAA